GGACGACAAAAUAACUUGUUGGCUGUUCUUGAAGGGGCUGAUUCUGUCAUUUCCAUUGAAAUUUCAACCAUGUCAGGCAUUUACAAAAUCCCACAGCUCAGUUAUGGAUUCGCUACUAACGUUUUUGAAGAUAAAAAUCAGUUCCCUUUUGUCUUCCGAAUGGUCCCAAAAGAAGAAACCCAGUACACAGGGAUUGUGAAACUGCUGUUGUAUUUCAGAUGGACAUGGAUCGGUCUCUUUGCUCCAGACAAUGACAAUGGAGAAAAGUUCAUGUGCACUUUGACACCUAUGAUGACCAGGAAUGGAAUUUGUGUUGCCUUCUCAGAAAGAAUAUCACUACUACAAGUUGCCUAUCCAAACGCCUUCACCAUGGAUAGAUCUGUUAUGUGGAGACGAGUCAAUCUAUUUGUGUACUAUUGGGACUCUGACCACCCACUUGAUCCAAUUAUCAUAAUAUCAAAAAUACUUAAAAAUAACCUAAGAACUAUUGUAGGGAAAGUCUGGAUCACAACAGCCUUGCAGGACAUCAAUCUGAACUUGGAAUAUAGCUACCAAAAUUUCCAGCACUUCCAAGGUUCUUUGUCCUUUAUAAGGAAGAUCAACAAAAGGACAAGAUAUGAGUACUUUAAGCCAUAUUCCUCCAUUGGUUAUCAAUUUGGGGAGAAAGCAUUUCAUUGUUUCACUACAAAGCAAGUAUUAUCCGUGAAAGGCUGGACAAGAUGCAGAGAGAAAGAGAAUCUGGAGAUGCUCCCCCAAGAGGAGCUUGAAAGAGUCUUGUCUCAAGACAGCUACAGUGUUUACAAUACUGUCCAAGUUGUGACACAUGCCUUAAAAGCUGCAUAUUCAUCUAGCUCCAAGCAGACUGUGAUGCGGGCUGGAAACAGAUUGGAACGUCAGAGACUGCAGCCAUGGCAGUCUCAAGGCAGAGUUACAGUUGGAAGUAUCACAGGAGAGGCAUCCUCUGACGUAAAGCUCACCAUUAAUCCAGAAGCCAUCAUGUGGUCCGGGCCAUAUGACAGGAAAAAGAUGGAAUUUGCGAGAUGCCCUCACUCUCUGAUCUUAAUCAGCAAACAACCUUAUAUGAGACUGUACCUCCUGCUAGGUGCACAGAAAGCUGUCGCCCUGGUUAUAUGAAGAUGAUUCAGGAAGGAAAACAAAUUUGCUGCUAUGAAUGCUUGCCAUGUGCCGAAGGGACAAUCUCCAUUCAGGAAGAUGCAGACCAUUGCAACAAAUGUCCAGAAAAUCAGCAUCCAAACAGAGGCCAACAUCAAUGUGUCCCCAAAGUUAUAACCUUCUUGUCCUAUAAAGAAUCAUUGGGGAUCAUCCUAACUUCCUUUGCCUUAUACUUGUCUCUCACCACAGCUUUUGUGUUAGGAGUCUUCAUUAAAUACCUAGCAACUCCAGUAGUCAAAGCUAACAACCGAGACCUCUCCUUCAUUCUCCUUGUCUCCCUCCUGCUUUCCUUUUUGUCCUCUUUUCUAUUCAUUGGACAUCCCAGGAAGGUGACCUGCCUUCUCCAACAAACUUCCUUCUUCAUCAUCUUCUCUGUUGCUGUCUCUUCUCUGUUGGCCAAAACCAUCACUGUGGUGGUGGCAUUCAUGGCCUCAAAGCCAGGGAACAGGAUGAGGAGAUGGCUGAGGAAGAGCUUGGCCAACUUCAUAGUAUUUUGCUGUUCCAGUAUUCAGCUUGGCAUUUGCACCAUCUGGCUGGGGAACUCUCCACCCUUCCCAGAUUCUGAUAUGCACUCUCAGCCUGGGCACAUUAUCCUGCAGUGUAAUGAAGGGUCUGUCACCAUGUUUUACACUGCUCUUGGCUACAUGGGCUUCCUGGCUGCCAUCUGUUUCACGGUGGCUUUCCUAGCUAGGAAGCUGCCUGGAGCAUUCAAUGAAGCCAAGUUGAUCACCUUCAGCAUGUUGGUCUUUUGCAGUGUUUGGUUCUCCUUUGUCCCAACCUACCUGAGCACAAAGGGGAAAUGCAUGGUAGCUGUGCAGAUCUUUUCUAUCUUGGCCUCCAGUGCUGGGUUACUGGGUUGUAUCUUUCUUCCAAAAUGCUACAUUAUUUUGUUGAGGGCUGAUCUAAAUACAAAGGUUCAUCUAAUGACAAAAAUGAAAGAUGGCACCCACUCCUUCGUAUUAGAGAAAGAGAAGGAUUCUGUCCCUGUCAGAUUCUGA